GUGUAUCUUGUGGGAACUCCGGUGGUCAGAAGAGCGAGCGAUCGCUCCUUGGUCAUUGGCUGUGAUGAGGGGCUGCAGCAGCAGCUUGUCAGUUUCCUGCAGACCGUUUCCGAUGUUGUGACUCUUCCUGUCUUCCCACCUUCUGGCCGCGACCGGUUUGCGGACCAGGUGAUUUUUCCGCUUUUCCACUACACGCCUCCAUCGGUUGAGACCGGAAUUGGACUCUCCGACUGGGAUGGUUACAAGCUCGUAAAUGAAACAUAUCGCGAUGCUGUGUUGCAGAUCUACUCGCGUGGGGAUCUUGUCCUCAUCAAUGACUAUCCACUGAUGUUGCUCCCAAAGGCGUUGCGAAAGGAGCGCCCUGACAUCUCCAUUGGUUUUUACAUCCACUGCGUAUUUCCCAGCAGCGAGGUGUAUCGAAUCCUGCCCCAGAGGGAGGAGCUUCUCCGAGGAGUUCUAAGCUCCAACGUCAUAGGUUUUCACAAUUUUCAAUAUGUCCGUCACUUUCUCACAGCGGCCACACGCAUCCUAGGCUGCGAAUGCACAGCCAACGGUAUCGAGGCUUGUGAGGAUGCUGGUGGGACCAGUACCAAGGUCAUUGCUGUGCCUUUGGGGAUCCACCUGGAGCCCUACACAAAGAUCUUCAACAGCGAGGAAACCAAGCAACGCAUCCGUGACUUGGAGAGGACCUUUGCAGGCAAGACGAUCCUGAUGGCUGUUGAUCGCCUGGAGGAGAAGGAGGGCAUCCCGCAUAAGAUCAUGGCCUUCCACAAAUUCCUUCAGAAGUCGCCGUCCUGGGCCGAACGGGUCGUGUUCGUGCAGCUUGUGAACCAGGCGAAGGCUGAGGACGGCGAUGACGAGAAGGCAAGAGAGGAGAGACAGCUGUUGCAGCAGGUCUACCAGAUGGGAGGCGAGUGCAAUUCGGCCUUCGGGGCGAUUGGCCACUUGCCGUUUCAUUUCCUCUACCAAGAUUUCAACAGGGUUGACGUGACGGCUCUGAUGGUGAAGGCACACGUCUUCAUGGACACUCCUCUUCGGGACACGCUCUCCCGUGAGGCGCAUGAAUUCGUGUGGUGCCAGGAGGAGCCAGACUGCGGUGUCCUGAUUCUCUCGGAGUUCUCAGGCUCAGCGCAGUCACUGCGUGCCGCUGCUAUCUGUGUGAACCCCUGGGACACCACUGCCUUUGCGGAUGCCAUCCAAGAGGCAAUCGAGAUGGAGUUCCAGGAUCGUCGCGAACUGCACCUCUAUGGCCAGAAGCACGUCUUCGACCACACGCAGAGGCGAUGGGCAGCAAAUUUCCUGGAUGAGAUUGUCACUGCGGAGCGGGAGUGCGAGGAUGAGCGUCUCCAGAUCCCCCCUCCGCUAGACCAUGACCAUCCAGUUGCCGCCCUGCGGAAGGCAAGCCGGCGGAUCUUCGUCUUUGGCUUCUCAGGAACGCUGCUCCCAAGGAAGUCCAAGAUUCAGGCCAAGCUCCUCCCCAAGCUGCACCCGGUUCUCUUUGGGAACCUCAAGGUUUGCGACGACAAUUUGUGGACGCCAGACAAUCCGUUGACUGCAGAGGGCGAAGCCCAGUGCGCCGCAGCGCAUGCUGAGUGGGGCACGAAGGUCUUUGCAGAGGCUGACCUCAUUGUCAUCUCGCCUAUGACCCGUGCGCUGCAGACGGCCUACCUGAUCGGAGGCCUGAAGCCCGAGGACUCCAGGAUACUCGUCACACCGAUGUGUGCAGAGCACCUCAGUGGCGCUACUUGUGACGAGGGGCGGAGCUUGGAGGAUCUGCGCCGGGACCUGCCCUGGGCAGUCAGCUGGCGUGGACUAGCUGAGCUGGAAGAGGACUGGUGGAAGGUCGAGCGCCCGGAGGAGCCGCUCCGAGUGGCGGCCUUCCUGGACUUCCUCCGGGCACGCACAGAGGCGCGCAUCGUGGUGGUUUCCCACGGCGCGUUUUUGGGCUACAUCGUUGGCUACCAUAUGGAGAAUGCCAAGAAGCAUGUCAUGGACCUGGACGAGAUCCAGGAAUCAAAGAGAUCCUGCGAGAGGUCUUCGUUCAACAUUGGCUUCGCUGUGUCAAGCGAGUACGAAGAUGCUCCUCUGAAGCAGCUCGCCAAGGCUCCGCUGACCUGCCUCCAGGGCCUGGGCCGGAAAAAGGCAGCCAUGAUUGCCACACUGGGCCCGAAGACUGUGGCGGACCUAGCCGGCUGGAAGUUUGCGCGCUGGGCUGAGGCGAUCGUGAUCCUUGGUCCGAAUGAGCAGGAUGGCAGCCGUGAUGUGAGCAAGCUGCAGCGGAAGAUGAACAUCAACAAGGCCCUGGACAAGGAGUGGGAGGGCUGGGCCAUGUCCUUCCUCCUCGAUGCUGCGCCCAGUGCUUUUGCAGGCCUCACACCUGCGAAGGAUCCGGUCUUCAAGUCCAUCGGCAUCAAAAACAUCAAGGAGUUGGGCGAGUGGAAGUACUACCGCUGGGCCAAAGCUAUCUGCACCCUUGCGGAAGUGGAAAGUGAGAAUGGAUCUUCCUGA